CGGCAGCAGCAGCGGGGCGCGGGGCCGCGCGGAGUUUCCUGCACGGGUGCUGGACUGGAAGCUGAGAUGAGCGUUUUUUGAGGAAGAAGACCCGUGCAGAGAGAACUGCUUCUCAGCGUUAGAAAUCGGGGGGAAAAUGAAAGAGUUGUGACUUUAGCUCGGGGCUCACCAUGGAAGACUCAGAAGGACAUCGCUUCACCUCAGUGGAAGAGGAAUCUAGAUACUGGAAGGAACUAGCUAUGAAGUAUAAGCAGUGUGCUGAGAAUACACAGGAGGAACUGCGUGAGUUUCAGGAGGGGAGUCGAGAGUACGAAGCUGAACUAGAGGCUCAGCUCCAACAAACAGAGUCCAGAAACAGAGACCUUCUGUCAGAAAACAAUCGUCUGCGAAUGGAACUGGAGUCAGUUAAGGAAAAGAUUGAAAUGCAGCGUUCAGAAGGGUACAGGCAAAUCUCUGCACUGGAGAAUGACCUGGCACAGACAAAAGCUAUUAAAGAUCAACUUCAGAAAUAUAUUCGAGAACUUGAGCAAGCCAACGAUGACUUGGAAAGAGCAAAAAGAGCCACUAUAAUGUCUUUGGAGGAUUUUGAACAGCGUUUAAACCAGGCUAUUGAAAGAAACGCGUUUCUGGAGAGUGAAUUGGAUGAGAAAGAGAAUCUUCUGGAGUCUGUGCAGCGCCUGAAAGAUGAAGCUAGAGAUCUACGACAAGAGCUUGCGGUGCAGCAGAAACAAGAGAAAUCCAAAACACCAAUGCGAACUACUGUGGAAACAGAAAGAACAGAUACGGCAGUGCAAGCAUCCUUAUCUGUGCCCUCAACCCCUUCAAUGCACCGGGCACCCAAUGUGAAUGUAUCCACCCCUGCAACAUUUAGAAGAGGUUUUGAGGACAGUUACAGUGCAACCCCUCUCACACCUGCUGCAAGAAUAUCUGCACUUAACAUCGUGGGAGACUUGCUGCGGAAAGUGGGGGUUAGUGAAACGCCUGGAGUUUGGAACACGGCCUUCAAAUAUUCCAGGGUCAGUGGGUCUUCCCUCACAAGGUGUUGUCAAGAUGCUGCUCUGAAACGACUGGCUGGCUUUGGGAAAGGAAAUUAUAUAUAUGUAUUUCAAACUUUAAUUUUAAAGAGAAUACUAACGAGCAACCAGGUAUCAGCGUAAGGAUAGGUGAGAACUGAACAAGAAGCUGCCAUUGGCAGUGGUUUCCUGUGGUCUUGCCCACUAUAGUCUGUCAGCUGAGCUGUGUGACUAGCAUAAUAAAGCAGUGCUACCUGCCAGCACAAUACUUAAAAUUGCUCCCUAUGUAAAUUGCUGUAAAUAGCUCCUUGAAAGUCACUUUGACACUGUCAAAAGCCAGUGCCCCUCUACCUAUGGCAGAGGCAGUAUUCCCUGUGCAGCUCCUCAGGCUUUUACCUCUGGUUUUAAUACAGCACCAUAGUGUUCUAGCUUGAAUCCUAGUUGUGCUGGCUUUCUGGCCUGGGUGGUACAUCUCAGUCACCCAGACUAGAGGAGGUUCUUUUAGAUGGAGCCUGAAAUAUUUCUGUAGGGAAGUUGCUCAGCUCUGUGCAGGAUGUUUGUCAGAAUCCUGCAACACAAAUUCCUGCCUCUAGAGCGAUAAGAUGGUUUUGUAAGCAAUGAUUUGCCGUUAAGAAUAGGUCGCGGUUAAAGAUGAGGAUUGUCUAAUGCUUGAAGUACUUCGGAGACCUCAAGAAUACAGCAAAGUAGGAAACUGCACUGGCUUAGCCUGGCUGUUGUAGGAAGCAAGAUACUUGAUUAACUUGCUAGUUCUGACGUUUUAAUACAUGGGUUAUAUUGCUUCCAGGCCUCCCUUUGUUAAUGUGCCUUGGUUAUUUGAGAGGCUUUUUAGUUUUGUUUUUUCUUUAUUAAUAUGUACUUUCAGCUGUUACUAACUUCAAAAUGGCUUUUUAAUCUGAAAAGUCCUUUCUGCUGUCCAAGAGUAUCAGAAUGCUGAGUUAUUUUUAAAUUAGAGUUCUUCCCUACUGAAGAGUACUGCAUUUUUUUUUUCUUCUAAAUGGAGUGGGUUCACUCACAGUAUUAACACAUAUUACAGAAGCUGGUACUUGCAAUAAUCAUGGCCAAACAUCUUUUUGUUUUGAGGGAGUGUUUACAUGACAAAAGAACAUAUUUUUUUUUUAAGAAAAUGUUGUGAAAACAGACACUGAUGCAUCUGUUUCUCUGGAAUAGGAAAUAACCACAGAUCACUCCCAUUCUUCUUGCCAUCUACAAAGUUGGCUUACCUGGGAAUCAGAAUAAAACUUAUUUUGAAUGCUA